ACGGGGAAGUGCCGGCCACUGUUUCGGGUUGGCAGCGAUCAAAUCGGUUUCGUCUUUAAAAAAAAAGCAAAAACGUUUAUUCAUUUCUUUUUUUAUCCCCUCGUUACGUUGGUGAAAAGGGGCUACGUGUAACAAUUAAGAGAGACGACGACGAAGACGACGAAACCGACAUUUAUAAAAAACAAACAAAUUUUAACAACGCUACCGGUACAAUGACAUAAGGUGCGGCGGCGAGGCAGCGCGCAAGGUUGGUUCGAAGGUUGUUGCUGUUGACAAGAGGACAACAGCCUCGUCUUGAAGGGGGCGUCACGCCGGGCUGACUGUGGGGGGAGGACGAGGCACCAAGGACGAGGCCAACUCACUCCCAUCACGAGGACCAAGGGGACGGAGAGGGCCCUGCACUUGCCAACAGGGAGGGAGGGAGGAAAGCCAGACCUGACGAGGGGAGACUGGCAACACGGAGAACAGAGGAAAUUCCUUCACCCAAGUGAUGAGCAUUUCCCCGCUCGUUCGCCUCUCCUAAAGUCCUCAUCGCACCAUGGCAGAAGACGACAAAACGGCCAUCUUGUCUGAGGAUGAGCUGGAUAAAAAACACCGCUACAUUCUCACUGAGCCAGCCAAUGGGGUCACGCCGAGUGCAACGGAGGAAUCACAGGAGAACUCCUCUACAGACGACGAGCCCGACUGGAUUGAGCGACGAUGCAUAAAGAUUAACGAUGACCUCCUCAUCUCUAAGGCCUUCUAUUUCUUCUUCUACUCGGCCUACGGUUCACUUUUUCCAUUGCUGCCUGUCUAUUACAAGCAAUUGGGCAUUAAUGCCAGCCAGAGCGGACUACUGGUGGGAAUUCGUUAUUUCAUUGAGUUCUGCAGCGCACCCCUGUGGGGGGCUUUGGCUGAUCGCUUUCAAAAGGGGAAACACCUCUUACUUUUCUCCCUGCUUUGCUGGAUUGGGUUUAGCUUGGGAAUUGGCUUUGUACAUCCGGCUACGCCACACUGUACCCUCAAAGAACUCCCCUUCGCUAAUGGGACGACAACCACUAUAACCACAACUUUACCAACAUCUUCGUUCUCCAUUCCACCUACAAAUGCCACAGGGCAUUUAAGAAGGAAGCGUGAAUUGGCAACAACAAAUAACGUUCAAGAAUCCUUUGGAUUAAAAUCGACCCCUCCAACUAAGAUUCCCUUUUUUUCCAUUGGUUAUGCGCAUCCAUUAAGCACGCGAGCACCUUCAACCACAAUUGGCUUUGUGAGAAAUGUUACAUUAUUCGGAGUGAAUGGUAGUUCUUUACCGAACACCACUGGGCCUCAGACAACAGGAACCACACCAAAAACCACAGUCGAUCCCACCAAGUUCAUGAUUGUAUACGACAAAUUGGAGCUUCGCACCAUCUUCUUGCUGCUGCUGGUACUCGUGCUCAUCGGAGAGUUCUUUAGCGCGCCCGCCAUCACCAUCGUGGACACAGUCACCCUGCUUUACCUGGGACGCAACCGUGACCGUUACGGGCGGCAGCGCAUGUGGGGUUCACUUGGCUGGGGCGCGUGCAUGCUAUCAAUUGGCCUCCUUAUCGACUAUACAGACGUGGAUAUGACUGGCUGGGUGGAGGCUCCAUGCCUCCCCCCAGAGUACCACAACUACCAGAUCGCCUUCAUCGCAUUUGGAGUCACCAUGACAGUGGCCCUGGUGGUGGCAACGCAGUUUCACUUUGACUACAAAAGGUUCUCGCGAGAGGCAAUUGAGGAGACGGAGUCAAUCGAGAUCCCGCACGUGGAGCCUGUCAACAGCACCGCACGUGAACGCCGCACCAGCAGCAGCACCACCACAGUGUCAAGCACGUCUGCCAUCACGGCAGCUGUGCCCAUUCCCGUCGACAGCGGGGGCAAGCCCGAGCCCAAGAAGUACCGCUACGGGCACCUGGUGAAACUGCUGUGCAAUGUGCGCUACGGCUCGGUGCUGUACGUCACGUGGUUCAUGGGCUUUGGCUACGGGUUCGUCUUCACGUUCCUCUUCUGGCACCUGGGCGACCUGGGCGGUACCCCAACCCUCUUUGGGGUGUGCUCCGUGCUCGACCACCUCUCUGAGCUGACCGCCUACUUCUUCAGCCACCGCCUCAUCGCCCUCAUUGGGCACGUACGAGUCCUGUAUCUGGGGCUGGCCUGCAACACAGCACGAUACCUCUACAUCUCAUACCUGGUCAACCCGUGGUAUGUCUUGCCCAUGGAGAUCCUGCAGGGUGUGACGCACGCGGCCAUUUGGGCGGCCUGCAUCUCUUACCUUAGUGCGGCGGUGCCACCCUCGCUGCGAACAUCGGCACAGGGCAUCCUGCAGGGCCUGCACCUGGGUCUCGGCCGAGGCUGUGGGGCCAUGCUCGGCGGGGUCAUGGUCAACUACUUUGGGGCUGCGGAGACAUUCCGUGGGAUCGGCAUGGCCUCCCUCGUGACGCUGCUUCUCUUUGCCUUCAUCCAAUGGCUUCUUGGGCCUGAGGAACUUCAAACGACGACGACGCUCGUAGCUCAGCCAGAUCCCCCAGGGGCGCCGAUCGCCACCAUUCAAGUGCUGGUAUCGCACGAGGAGUCUGAUGGCCAGCGUGAGCGGCGUCCGCUGCGAAGCCGCAAAACCAAACACCAGGAGGAGCAGGAGGACCCGGGACGGCCGGCAUGGGGAGUGGGAAACUCCUCGCCAUGGGUGUCCCUCACCUACACACUAAUGCAGCUCAAGGAAGCUCUCAAACUGAGGAGGGAGCAGAAGAUGAUGAAGGCAGCAGCAGCUGCGCAGCAGCAGGCACAGCCUGGAGAGAAAAACCAACCAUCCUCGGGUUACCAAGCAGGCGGCGGGCAUCAUCCCACGGAGACGAAGCCAGAGGGGCCAACAUCGGAACACGGGCAUCCAGAUGGGCAACAGGAGAAGAAGCCAGCCGAUGGCACUGCGACAUCCGUACCCACCGAGCCAGGCCACGUGCCAUCUGAAGACGAACCAGGGUGGCAGUGAGCGCAGCAGCCGGGAAAGAACGUUGGUGAUGAGAAGAAAGGAAGGGUUUAGCAAUGGUGGUGAGUGGGUGUGCUUGCUUUUUCUCCCCCACCCACCCCAACAAUCCUCAUAGUUGAUACCUGUUGGCUCAAGCACUGCCUGCAAACAAAACCUGUUUUUGUGUUCUCUGGAUGCGUCUCAGAAAGACAUCGGGUAGCUUUUGUCUUUCUCACCUGCAGCUGGUUGUAAUGAAGACAGUCAGAUUGGAAAUGUUCAGUGUAAGAAUAGGUCAUUGGAUUGGUUUUACAGUUAGGAAAGUGGUUUGAAUGCUGCUGUACCUGUUUAACUCUCUGAAGGCUUUGUAGAUAUUCUUAAGUGUAGUUUACUGUAUACAUUUUAUUCUGUGUCAAACUGUCCAAUAGCAUAACCAGAAUUGUAUUACAUUUGCUGAAAGUAAGAUCUCGUGUAAAUCUGGACAUUUCCAUAAAUAUGGCCAUAUGAAAAACUCAAACUCAUAGUCCAUCUCUCUUAUCAGGUACACUGAAGGCCUCUGGAAGUGUUUUUAAGAGUGUCAUGGUGCAGACUUGAGAAGGCAUACGGCAUUAGAGUAUUUUACUGUUGUUCUGUGUUCAGUGUUGAAGCAUUCACAUAGUUUGUGCUUGCCAUUAUCAUCAACUAAUAUACGAAUAUAAACAGUUAAGGUCCCCAAGCUUGCUGCAGAUGUUUUCCCCUGGAAACCCAACGCUUGGUUCAUAUUUUACAUUAAACACAUAAAUUGCAGUUCUUGUAUAAUCUAAGGCAUUCAAAGCCCCCUAACUAAAUGCUUGCACGUUUUAAACUUUCUGAAUGUUAUGGAUUUUAUUUUAAUGUACCAAAGGUUAGCGUGUAGUUAAUGUGAUUGCAAAUUUCAUAUUAAAUCCUGUCAUUGAUUUGGCUCAAAUUCCAAUAAAGUUACAGUCCAGUGAGAAAUACAAUUGCGCAAAUGGCUUGGAUGCUUAGCUGCAAUUUAAUCUCAGGCCCCCUUUUUGAGCACAUUUAUUUAUGAAACUGCCUUACUUUCUACUAAUAUUCUGAGUUAAAUGAAAAAUUAUCAUCCCUAUGAUUUGUAAAAUAUGACUCUUACUUUAAAUCCAGAACGAUAAAGCAGGUCAGUAUCUUGCAGUCAGAUUUGAGGAUGAGCAGUCUUAACACUUGGGUCUAUGGAUUUAACGCGCAUUUGUGCAGUUUUUAUUUUAUUUGGUAAACUUUCACUAUCCAUUAUUUAAAGAGGUAGCAGUUGUUGAAGCACUCAUGCUAGGUAGAAUGAAAGAUGGUGCUUUAUAUACGGUAUGUGUUUGUGUGUGGUUUUUCAUUUUCAUUGGCUUCUCAUACUCAUUUGGUGGAACUCAUUGUAAUGGGAUUAGUAGCCAAGGGCACACAUUCUUGCAGAGAAUUUCUGUGGACCAGGACUUAAUUUCACGAGUUGCCAUGAAUACCAUGCUUGCAGUGAGAUUGUUUACUCAUGUCUCCGGGAACAAAAUUGGACCUAUUUAAAAUAUACAAAGCAUUGAAAUUGUAGUUUAGUUUUUCCCUAUUGGCUGCACCUAAUGUGCAAAACGAAAGUUGUUUGCUAUGUUUUGUGAAUCAAACUGAGUUAUGAAAACCAGAGGUGGUAGCAAGCUUGGCUUGUUAAGUUGACUUUCUGCCUGCGCCUGUGUAUACACAAAUGGAAUACACUGUAUCCCAUUACUGUCCCAUAUUCCUCUUCACGUAUCAGGGAAUUAGUGACAGGCUCGUAUUUUGUUACCCUCUAGAGGUGUGGUGAUGCACCCGACUAAUUGAAUACUGCAAUAAGAUGUGACAAUGUGUAUUGAAUCUGAUGUUUAAGAAUAUUAUUUUAAAUACCGAAACCUUGUCAUAAAGAGUUCACAUCGCCGGCCUACAGCCCCUUGUGGCUUCAGCAUGAGCCACGUUAUCAGAAUAUUAAUUAAUUAAAUUGCGAAAAGCUUAUAAACAUUUGUACCUUAACUACCCUCCUAUUUUACUGUACAAAUUUGGCCAAAGGGCAUGUUCAAACCUCUCGAAAAGGCUUCGUUCUUGCAGUUCAACUUUCAAGAAGGCAAUCGGGCAGGAUGUUCAAACAGCUGUACACAAAAGGGACUCAAUUCUUGACUAAAUGUUAUUUAUCUUCAACGAUUUGGAGGAAAGGGAGGCUUAAUUUAGGGUUUACAUUGCAUGCACGUGUGUGUGUUUUAUGGGACCAUUUUAGGAUUGAGUGUGACUUGGAAAAAUUCACAAAAAUGUGUGUUUACAGAGUUUUAUUUACAGGAGAUUCAUAUUUUGGCACGUGUCUUAAAGAGAGAAGAUAGUGUUUUUCCCACUCAUGCUGAAUUUAUGUUUCUUGAUGCACGCAUACAGUAGUUUUAUAUUGUUAUUCACACAGACAUCCGAUAGGAUGUGUCCAGGAUUUAUUAACUUGACCGAAUGUUAUUCAAGCCCAAAGUUUGGUAUCAUUUCUUGUGAUUGGCCAAUGUAAAAUGCGCACAAUAUUCUAUAAUUACUUUCAACUUUCCCCACACUAAGCCAGAUAUGCCAUGAAAAUGUUGCAAGGCUCAUAGAUAAUGUAUUACCAAUACUUAAUCCCAAUGAGACUACAUUCCUCUGUUUAUAGUUAUGUUUUCUUUAGAGGAUCCAUGAGGAUCGUUUAUAAAUUGAGGGUGCAGUCUGCACACUCUUUUCUAUUAUGCAACAUUAAAUGUCAUUGUGAAAAUCAUCGCUGGUUUUCUUACUGCAGUGCUCACAGUUUUGAAUGUUAAUGUUACACUGGGAUAUAUUAUUUUAAUUUGAUAAUUUAAUCUUUGCAUAUUUCUACCUAAAACACUUUUAAUAAGCAACUUUAAAUACUGGUGACUUACUCGAGUUUCAUUAGAGUUCAACUUUGGCCUCUCAUUAUCCAACGUGCGUUUUGGACUGUUUACCGAAUUAAAGUGGCAUUCAGGUUAAUUUUUGGAAAUGGAUUGUUUUAUGUGUUUUUGUGGAGUUUAAAAACACGGUACUAAAAAGUUAAAGUAUCGAGUUGGGUUUAUGUAUUAUUUAUAGUGUAAAUUGUUUGCUGUGUGAGAAUCAAACUCGCAUUACAGAUUGUUGAGCAUGAAUGAGUGAAGUGCCAGCGCACCUAGCGUCAUUGAGUUCAGCGUUUACUUUGGCAUACACUUUUUAAAGUGCAUCCUUUACGGAUUUUCACGCUUUUUUCUCAGAUUCACCAUUUCAACAACUGCAACACCCCAGCGUGCUGCAUGUCACUCGUUAUAUGUAUGUAUACUUUCACGUUCAGCUAAAAACAAAGCCUGAUAUUCACAACGUCCGUUGUACCGUGGAACAGGGUUAAGAUGAAGGUCCGCUAUAUGCCCCUCGUGCAGCGAGGGUUGCUUCUUGACAAUGGACUCCUCAGAAUUGAAAGCUUUUUUUGCAGAUGCACUUUUAAGUUUUCCAGUGCCUUCAUCCAUGUUUGUGGACGAAGUUUGUGUACAUUUUAUUUUUCGUGUGGUUGGGCUGCUGGUCGUAGUGUGCUUUGUAAAUGAUACAGCGUGAGUAGAAAUCCACAUUGAAUAUUAAUAAUUGAUAUACCAAACAAUUGCACUGUAUAGUACAGUCGGGAAAUGUUUUGCAGAAUUGCUAGGAAAGAGGGUAAUGUAUUUUUGUGUCGAGGAACUUUUGCAUUAUUAAACGUCCAUGUAAUGCUUGAUGUAUGGCAACUAUUAGACACCGAAACCUGCUUUGAAUGUACACCGCUCAAUGUCCCUUAAAUAUCUACUCAACAAGGUGGUGCAAAUGACACACAACACCGUGCACUCAAUGGGCUUGAUACUGCGUGGGAGUACCGUGCCUGACGCCAUUUGCCUCUUCACAUUUGAAUCUCAAUGUCGAGUCUCUUGCCACUGGCCAAAUUGCAAAUGUGGCCUGCACAAAAUCAUUUUAAAUGUCAUGCACAUGCAUUGAGGCUUUGCGGAUUGUGAAUUCUCAAAUAUCUCUUAAGUUGCGUAGACAGUAAUUAAUAUGCUCCAGCAGAGCAAUAUAAAGGGAAAAAAACGUAACUAUCCUAAAUGUGCAGCACGUCACACUUUUGCAAUUGGCACUUAAGCAUGGAUUGAUACUGGAUACAACCAAAGAUUUGAAUUGUGUUUGUCAUAACGGAAGCAGUGGCAUAAGUUCAGACUAAAUGUAUAUGCUACCUAUGGACUAUAAAUUGUCAUGUCACAUUGUUAAGAUGCAUACCUGUAAGGUUUAAUGUGGUUCGUGUUGUUAUUGGUUUAACAUGUUGGUUCAGUGACAUUGGGGUGUACUAGAAUUAGUAGGUCGUUUAAGAAUGUGUAACUACUGUAUGUGAUGGUGUGAGCACUCCACAAGCUGGUAAGUGGUGGACUUUGCAGUUAAUCAAAUGGCAGGCAGCUGAACAAUCCGUGUAAAGGGAACACUGCGAAUACAACGUAUAAGCAUUCAACAAGGCAGUGUUGGCAUGCUCAGAGUUACUCAGCCAAGACACAUUUAAAGCACGCGAAUGGUGGUCAUGACCAUCUUUUUAUUUUACUCAUGCCAAAGUCCACCCGUGCGCGUGGCCUUAAUCGAUCCGAAGCUGUGUCAGUGUAAGGAGAAAAAAAAUGUGAUAUUUUUAGACUUCAGACACAAACCCACGCGUUCAACUUCCAAUCGCUCUGCAUGGACCCACGUGUAUUCAAUCACACACCUGAAGCCGUUUAAAUGAGCGGUGGAGGGGGGGUAAUGACAUCUGACGUAUGGUUACCAAUCUGUCGUGCAGUAAACGUUAAAACGCGUUCGUGUAAUGGUUAUAACCACCAAUUUUAAGUGUGCUUUAUAAGCGAGUCAUUCCACUUGUGGCGCUAAUUGUCGCUCAGCCGUCAAAACAAUUAUUCUGCCUUCUAUGUGCAUAUAUCGGUUUCGUGACUGUACAGCUUACGAUGUAAAAAAAAAACAUUGUGGUUACGCGAUGAUAAAAAGGAAUAAAAGUAUAUAUCUA